ACUCAAAAAAACGUCGGCCAAAAAUAUCUUAGAAUGACCGAAACUCUGCCGGCUCUUCUUCCUCUCUGGGAUUAACACGAGGGCUUAUCGUUACAAAAACUACAGAUAUAGUGAUUAAUUCAAGUUCAUGGACAUGGAACAAGAAGCAGAGAAAUCCAUGGUUCAGGCAGAAAGUUCUGAUGGUUCUAACUUAAACAGUUCGGAUCUUGUAACUCGUGUAAGGAAUCUGCUGUAUCGCCGAAUGCUGGUGGGAAUUAAAGAUGGACGGUUUUUCUUGGGCACUUUCCACUGCAUUGACAAGCAAGGAAACAUCAUUCUCCAAGAUACCGUGGAGUAUCGUAGCACAAGACGCUCCUCUCCUUCUCCAAUGGAACAGCGGUGCCUCGGUCUUAUUCUCAUCCCUUCCUCUUGUCGUUCCUCAUGUCAUGUGGAUUGUUCUAUUGAAGAGCAAUUAUCACUGCUAAAAGUUUAGGGAUCAAGAGCAGUUCUGAAUUUGAUAACUUUUCUGCUUGAAUCAAUGUGAUAAGAAAUGUUACAUUUUCCUUGUAUGUGAUUAUUAUAUUUUUGUUUGUUGAAUAGUUUCGCUUCGAGUAAAAGAAGGAACAUUAUAAUUGUUAUUUUUGCCGGAAAUGAUGUAAUGAAUCAGGGAGUUAGUUCAACUUAUGAUUGUCCAGGCAUUCUCUGUUUGCAUGCAUGUGAGGGAUUAGUUCUUUUAUCUUUUGCUUUUCCAUAUGUGGUCAGGUGCAUAUGAGUGUUUAAGAGUUUUAAUUUGUAUCUUAAGCGAUGGUUUAAUUGUGAACUUUAUUAUACUUGAAGCAAAGUUGCUUCUAUAAUUGAGUUUCUGAAUUUGAU